CGAAUGUUGAUAUACAAUGGCGGUGAACGCGAAUGUCUUGUCCAGUGAUAUAAGCAGACGAAAUCCCCAGGACGAGUACGAACUCAUUCAGAGAAUUGGCAGUGGAACCUAUGGGGAUGUCUACAAGGCUAAGAGACUCUCUAUGAAUGAUCUGGCUGCGAUUAAAGUCAUUAAAUUAGAACCUGGGGAUGAUUUCGCGAUAAUCCAGCAGGAGAUCCUCAUGAUGAAGGACUGCAAGCACCCAAAUAUAAUAGCAUACUACGGAAGUUAUCUGAGACGAGAUAAAUUAUGGAUCUGCAUGGAGUACUGCGGUGGAGGUUCUCUGCAGGACAUUUACCACAUAACGGGUCCACUGAGUGAAAUCCAGAUCGCGUACAUGUGUCGAGAGACCCUCCUAGGUCUAGCUUAUCUCCACGACAUGGGAAAGAUGCACCGAGAUAUAAAAGGUGCGAAUAUUCUGCUGACAGAGGCUGGAGACGUGAAACUCGCUGAUUUCGGUGUAUCAGCCCAGAUAACAGCGACGAUAAACAAGAGGAAGAGUUUCAUAGGUACGCCAUACUGGAUGGCACCUGAGGUGGCAGCUGUUGAGAGAAAGGGAGGAUACAAUCAGCUGUGUGACAUCUGGGCGUGUGGUAUCACUGCUAUCGAACUUGCCGAGUUACAACCCCCAAUGUUUGAUCUCCAUCCCAUGAGGGCACUCUUUUUAAUGUCCAAAUCCAGCUUCAAACCACCGACACUCAAGGAUCGAGACAAAUGGAGUCCAACAUUUCAUAACUUCGUGAAAGUCGCACUCACGAAAAAUCCCAAGAAGAGGCCAACUGCUGCCAAAUUGCUGCAGCAUGGUUUCUUCCAGGAGGACAUGAGCAAGAGACUCGCUCUUGAACUACUCCAGAAGGUCUCCAAUCCCAGUCAUAUGUUCACUGAGCUCGAUGCUGAUGACGAUGGAGCUGUUCCCAAUGUACCACAAAGAAUUGCAUCCAGGCACACCGCUGCCAGGACCACACCAAAGAACUUUGCUUCGCAAUUAGAUAGUGAUGAUCAAUUAAACCUGGAGAGUGGUACAAUCAGAGGUUCCACACCAUCAGCUCAGCCGGAUGGAAGUAAUCCUGUCUGGGAUAUCAUGGAUAUCAUGAACAACGUGAAGACUGUCCACAACUGUGAUGUCCAUCCCGAUUGUGGAAUUGGUACGGCAUUCGAUGACGUCCAAGAAAAGAGUCUAUUGCAGUACAUUGAUGAGGAGUUGUUGCUAAGGGGAAAUGCAAUGUCGAUGAUCGAUGGACAUUGCGACCAGCUAUACUCCCUGCAGGCUACUUUGCCACUGGGGGAGACCUCCAACGAGUGUGAACUCCAUCAUGGAUACUAUGGCAAUCUCACUGGGUCACAAGCAAGUCCCAGACGUCACAGCUCUGUGGACGAGUUGUACGGACUUGUCAGCGGUACAUUGUCACUGUCAUCUGUCAAUGGCCAACGCCAGCGUUCGUUAUCCGACAGUGGCCCUAGGGAUGAUUCAACGAGGUGCAAUGGUGAGAAGGAAGAGUCGGGGGAUGGGGAGAACCAGAGUAUGGAACCCGAUUUAUUAUCUGACACUCCACCAGUGCCACCAAGACGAAGGGAUCGAAAGAGACACACACCUCCACGGCCUACGAGCAAUGGUCUACCUCCGACGCCUAAAGUCCACAUGGGAGCCUGUUUUUCUAAAGUAUUUAAUGGGUGUCCUCUGAGAAUACACUGCACAGCCAGCUGGAUUCACCCAGACACGAGGGAUCAGCACUUGCUGAUUGCAGCUGAGGAGGGAAUUUAUAAUCUGAAUCUCAAUGAGAUUCACGAAACAGCGAUAGAUCAAUUGUAUCCUAGAAGAACGAUAUGGAUGUACGUUAUCAAGGAUGUCCUCAUGUCUUUAUCAGGAAAAACUCCACAGCUGUACAGACACGAUCUCCUAGCAAUGCAGAGUAAACAGUCCCACAGAUUUUCACUGCACAUGAACAAAAUACCAGAGAGGCUGGUACCACGUAAAUUCGCUCUGACAACUAAAGUCCCAGACACGAAAGGCUGCAGCAAGUGCUGUGUGGGUCGUAAUCCAUACAAUGGCUACAAAUACUUGUGCGGAGCAAUGCCAGCUGGUAUAUUUCUGAUGCAGUGGUACGAUCCCCUCAACAAAUUUAUGCUCCUGAAACACUUCGAGUGCCCCCUACCAUCACCCCUCAAUGUAUUCGAGAUGGUAAUAACACCGGAAAUGGAGUAUCCAAUGGUUUGUGUAUCAGUUAAACAGGCCUAUCAGCAGAAUAGACUCAAACUUGAUUUGAUUAACAUGAACUCCGGUGCCAGUUGGUUUCACAGCGAUGAAUUGGAGGAUAUCGAUGGCUCAGCAACUGUUAUUCCUAGACGAGAGAAUCUCCAGGUUAUCAGUGUCACGCAGUUUGAUAAGGACUCAAUUCUCGUUUGUCAUGACAAUGUCGUGAAGUUUGUUAAUCUGCAGGGAAAACCUCGUGCCAGUAAAAAACAGCUACCAGAACUAUUAUUCAACUUUCAAAUUGAAUCCAUAAUUUGCCUACCUGACAGUGUCCUCGCGUUUCAUAAAUAUGGAAUGCAGGGCAGAAGCUACAAAAAUGGAGAGAUAACCCAAGAAAUUAGUGAUCCCAGUAGAACAUAUAGGCUUCUUGGCUCCGACAAAGUCGUUAUGUUGGAGAGCCAUUUAGUUCACUCGGGCACGUUGACUGAGACUGAAGGAGCUGAUUUGUACAUACUAGCAGGGCACGAGGCCAGUUAUUAAACAAUUAAUGCGUUUAAACUCCUAGCUGUUCUUCUGAAAUGAGUCAUUUUUUUUUAAUUAGAAAAAAAAAAUGACACCGUCACAUCCCUUUUCAUUGUGAUUUCCUAGGAAUUUUUCUUGGAAAUUACUGGAGCACUGGGUAAUGACUUCAGCAUCUAAUUCGUAUUAUUUUUUAAUGAUAAUAACUGAUGAUUCGUUUAGCUGUUUAUGCUGGAAUAAUGUGAUAGAUAUUCUUCAAUUCCAGCCUCUGAUCAUGUAUUUUCUAGGGGAUUGAUUUAAUGAUUAUUGAAUUAUUGCUGCGGUAUUUAAUAUUUAUCCUUCCGCUUUUAAUCUAGAGAUUUACGGGAUAAUACGACUAUUCAUAGGUUUAAUGAACAAAUUAUCCAACACAAUCAAUGUGCUUAUCGAUACUUAUCAUUAUGUUCGUUCAAUCAUGAAUGUAAUCCAAGGAUUUCAUUGCCUAAAAAUUUUUUCAUUUCGAUGUCUGCUUUGAUGCUAGAUUAUUCGUAAAAAUCGAGAAAUUAUUGUGUCAAAUUGAUGUGCCGGGAGCACGUGUACUUGGAUUUAAUUCAAAUGCUUCGAAACUAUUUUUAAUAAAUAGAGUACCUAUAUUUCAUUUUAAAAUUGAGAGAUUCUAAUUAUUCUUGUAUGUAAAUAAUAGCGUUAUCACACUCGAAUAACGGUUGAAAAUUAUAAAGAAAAAAAAUUAACGAAUGAUACUUUCAAAUGAUUGUAUAUAUGUAUAGUUAUUGACAGAUGUGUAUUUUUCUUUUUCAAUUGCAAAAUGAAAAAAUCCAGUCUCAUUACCGAGAUUAAUUAAUAUCACGUACGUCUACGUGUCUAGAAAUUCAGUAGUGAAUUGCAAAAUUCCAUUAAAUAUCGAUUGAUCUAAAAAACAAUUGGUUCUAGGGAGAAUCAUCAAGAGAUCUUUUUUAUUGAAAAUUUUAUCAGCUCGAGAAAAAGUACUCUCAUGUUUUCUCGUUAAAUCGAUAGUUUCAGAGAUAAAGAGGUAAUUAAUACAAAUAGUACGUACAAUGCAUUAAUUUUACCACUUCAUUACUGAAUUUAAUUCAUAUAUUUUAUUUCGAGCUCUGGAUUGCAUUGGAAAUUACUGAAUUCAAUUAUCAUUCUCAAUAAAAACACCAAUUUUAGAAUUAUUCGAUACUGGUCUCGAUAAUUUUAUGACGAAAGGUUGAACAGUAACAAGUCCACUUGUUCUUUAGUCAUAUUCUCGAGGAAUAUGUCUUAAUCAAAGAGAGAUAGAGAUUUUUCUAAUAAAACCUUUUUUGUAGCUCUCACUUUUUGCGACAAAAAAAGUUGAAGCAAAAAUUUUUAGAUCUCUUUCUUUUUGAGAGAUAUUCCUCGAAAACAUAAAGCGAAGAGGUGAAAGGUAACAAAUUGAUUUAGCUAAUUUGUUUUUAGAGAUAUCUCAGUAUUUAACAAAAAUUAUAGAAUCCUCCUCAGGACCUUUAUUGCAGAGAAAAACGAGAGCUGGGAAAAAGGUUCUCACAAAAAUAUCGCUAUUUCUCUUGGAUUCGGAGAUAUCCCUCGAAAACUCAAGAACUCACUAAAUCAAUUAGUUGUUAUUCCACUCCCUCUUCCCUACUGAAUUGUUUAUCGUAUUUUAUAAUUCGGAAAUAACGAACGAUUACUAGAUGUAAGAGAUCCCCUCGAUGGCGUCUUCCCUCGAUCUAUCUCCUUUCUUCCAACGAGCACUCGACCCAUUACAAAUGAUCUUUGAUAAGAAUUUCAAUUAAUCUUCAUUUUUUUAAUUCUCAAAAAAAUUCCGAGACAAUAAUUUCACUAAUUAAAGCCCGACAGAAAGAUAAAUAGAAUUUAGUGGAACUUGUCUGCAUUUUAAUUCGUUAUUGGGGAUUCAAUUAGCUUUUAAUAAUUUAUUAACGUUUAGAUAUCCUGUAAUUACUCACUUGCCUUUUAUUAUUUAUUUCUCUCAGCUGUUGUGAGCUUCGAUGCACCACGAAUGUGCCCCAAAUUGCUUUGUCAAUGACAUUCUUUCUUUGUGAAUCCUCCAGCAAAAAUUGUACCUGCCCUAUAUAUCGUAGCUUGUCGCAAUGUACGAGUCUAGUUUAACGAGAGUAUGUGAGAAAAAAAAUGAGACGAUUAAUAUAAACAGAGACACGUAACGAAAUGGUGUACAGGAAGCUGUAUGCAUUAUUUUCAUAGAAAUCAGUUUGUUUAUUUAUCAAAAACACGGAGGAACAAUGUAAAGUGUCAAGUUUAUCGAAAUCGUAAUGGAAAACUCAAUGUACCUAAUAGGAAAUUGGGCAAUUCUGUAGAAUUAAAAGGGAAAUAGUAUUUACGAAAGACUUAUUACGCAGUUAUUGCACAUUCUUUUUGUUUCCUUUUCUUUAUCUUUUUCAAAUUAUAUUUUUUAAUCAAGAUAUAACAUUCGCUUCGACGUACAAAUGAUUGCGCAUCGAAAAUAUUCAGUGGCGAAAUUCUGUAGACCAAUACAAAUCGACAUGAAUCUUGACAUUUUUAGUGAAUAUCUGGGAAACUAACGGAGAUCAGGAAAUUUUGUUUGAAACCUUUUUUCUAGAUCUUAAUCAACUUGAUAAAAAAGUUAUUACAAUAAUUUCGAUAUCUCGCUUAGAUUUUGAGAUUUUCAGGGAAAAUGGUCAAGAUGGAUUUUAAUUAAAAACUGGCGUUUUCUUGAAGAAUUCUUCGUAUUUCUAUUAGAACUCGAUUAUAAUUUUAAAAUAAAACAUAAAUAAAACGCAAGUGAAAAAUUUUUUAAUUUAGAAUAACAAGGAUUUCUAAUGUCCUAACAAAAAUUCAAAAGAAUUUCGAUAGAAAACGCCAGAUUUAUCUUCUGAAUUCGUACUAGUUGAAGACAAAGUUAACGAUGAAAUCCGCAGCAUAAAACACAAUAAGAAUCUAGAAACUAGAAAAAUACGAUCGUUGAAUUGAUUUUUUUUGUAUUCAACUCGUCAGAGAUUUUUAAAUCAGUGUAGAUUCAAAACCGUAAAUCUCCGAUUCGUAAUAGUAGAAAAAUUAAAUGACAGUAUUGAACUGUUUAUUUGUCAGUUAUUUACAAUCAUUGUAUUAUGUAUAAACGACUAGCAAAAAUUAUAUUGUAAAUAGGAAACAAUUCUCCCAAUAAAACAACAAUAUCAAU